AUGAAUAGUGAUAAUGAAUAUGAUGAACCUGUUUAUGAUGAACUCAUUUAUGAUGAACCCGUUAAUGAUGAACCCGUUAAUGAUGAAACCGUUAAUGAUGAAAAUGAUGAUGUCCAAGAAAUUAAUGAACCUCCUAAUAUAUUUGCUGCCCUUAAUGAUGAUAAUAAUGGUAUGAAUAGUAUAUUUAAAAUGGUUCAACCAAAUUUAUAUAAGUAA